AUGGAGCAGGAUUCACCAGAACCUCGGCCAGUCACCCCCAAGGUUGCAACCAACACCCCGAUUUAUUCGUCACCCAUCAAGUUUCCACUCAAACCAGUGAUAAAUUUCGACAAGCGGGAUGAGUGGAGCAAGCACGUAUAUCCCCUAGUCAAACGGCAGAUUCAGAUUGAGGAUAUGAUUCGCAAUCUAUGUCCCUUGCAUUAUAGCGACAGCGAGUGGCUCAAAAAAGCGAAGCUUAUCAAGCCUUGGACCACAAACUCCAAAAUUGUCACCUAUUUGAGCAAGAUUAGUGCUUCAAUCCAAGAAGCUGAACAGCACGAAUACGGAAUAGCAUUUCUGGAAACAGAGAACCAGACACUUGAACUGCACCCAACUGUGACUGGUUGUCGACCAGACAUAUCGGCCUACAGACAAUAUCCAGAUAAAGCUCCUGAAGACGACCAAGUCACCUGGUUGCACUUGGGAGGGACCGGGGAAUCACGGUCAGCGGGUAACAACCAAGAAGAAACGGAAGCAAAAGGAGGAGCGUAUACGGCAUUCAACCUGCUAGCUCGACCAGACUUGGUCUCCGUACCCGGCCUGUGGAUCAAAGGCGACAAACUCAUUAUCUUCUUCACCAACGCGUCCAGGGUCUACCAUUCGCCAAUCGUCAAACUCAAUGAGAGAAAUGGUCGCCUAUUGAUCUACGCAUUCGUUUGGCAUCUCUAUCACCCAAAUACAGAUCCAACAAUUACUAUCGACCUCAAAUCCCUUAUUCCGACUUUUACUGUCACCUCUGACGAAGUCUACGAGAAUCUCUCCAUCCUCUAUGUUGGCGAUGCAAUCGGUCGUAGGACUACAAUCCUCGAGCAGUCAACAAAUCCUUCAUUGGUUAUAAAGGAACAAUACCUGGAACCUGACCGACGGUUUAAAGAAGGAGAUCUGUUGAACAAGAUCCAUAAGGGCGGGUACUUCCCUGGCGUCCGCGUCAAACACGUUGAACAAAAAGUGACUUAUCAAGGCAAGGAGUUUCAGGAGGUCAAAACCUUCCGCCAGAUGUUGAUGAUCAUGUACGACGUCUUAGAAGUGAUACGUAUGCUUCAUCGGAAGCGACAGAUAGUGCAUCGGGAUCUCAGUUCUGGGAAUAUCCUCUUCCGAGAGAUGACCAAACCGGAAUCACGAUGCAUCCCACCUGAUCUGCGGGACUCGGACAUGUGCUUCAUCCAUUGUCUACUUGAGUCGCAGGAAGAACCUACGAUCGAGGAUCGCCUUUCCACCUCGCUUCUGCUGACAGACUUUGACUGUGGACAAGAUAAAGAAGUCAAGACCCAAAGCAGUAUGCCUCGAACGGGUACUUCGAUAUUCAUGGCGUACAUGGUGCGAAAUAAUGUGUACCAGACCGGCAAUAAAACAAUACCUGCGAUACCUCAAGUUCAUUCCGACUUGAUCUCUCGCUAUCAGUCACUACUUCCGGAUCGACUGACGAGAUUUCCGGAGAACGAGGAGGAAUUGAAGCCAAUCCGAAAGGGGAAAAACGCUCGGAUAAAGAUUUUGAGCACCUUCUUCGGCACGAUGCCGAGUCGGUGUUCUGGUGCAUGGUGUGGUGGUCGAUCCAAGUCAAACCCAAAGGAUCAUCGCUACCAUUGCUACGUCAACACCACCGAGCCAUUUCCUCUCCACCAAGACUACGGGCCCGUCAACGAGCUGCUCGAUCAAAUGAGGGAAUACCUCAAGGUCGACCUCAAGUACUCUGAAGACGAAAGGAAACGGAAUAAUCCCGAAUACCUGUGUGAAGUGUUCCAGCGGCUCAUCCUCAAUUGCCUCGUCGAAUAUCAAGGCUCACUCUUUCUGACACUCGAGCGGGAUCCAGAGUUCCGAAAGGUCGGAGAACCAUGUAUGAGUACACCUAAGACUGGGUUGGGAACCUCUAUCAAAAAGCGCCUGAACUGGUAA